AUGGCUAAUGCGAAUCACAAUAUACUUACCGUGGAUAUUCCCAAUAUAGCUUUAUUGCAAACAAACUCCACCACCCUUAAGUUUAUAAAGCAGAAGGGCUAUGAUGUUAGGCCUGGAGACUCAUGUAGCAUUGUCCGAGGGCCCGAGUAUAUGACUACAGGGGUAGUGCAGCGUGUGGACUUAGUCAAGGCUCAGUUGCUACUAUUGUCUGAGAGUAAUCAGUCACUUGUCAAUGUUCCCAUGGGUUUUGCAAAGAAGAUUUGGAACACUAGCAUCAAUAUGUUGAAGGAACUCGUUGAUCAAGAAGACUACAUUAUAGGGGGUCACAAAAAGGGCUAA